GGGUCUGAGCCCCGUGGGAAGGGCUGGGGGUGGGGAUCAGGGACAGGGGCUCAUUCAGACCUCGAGGGAGGAAGGGAUGAGACGCUGGACACAAGGGGCUGAUGGGCAGGCCGUGGUGGGACUCGGCUGUCACCCCAGCCCUCUGGAGGCUGAAGCAGAAGGAUCGAGCGAGCUGGGGGCUGCAAAGUUCAGCCCAGCCAACGUAGCGAGACCCGGUCUCAAAAAUCAAAUAACAGGGCCAGGGAUUUAGCUCAGCGGCAAGGUCCUGGGUUUGAUCCUCGGUACAAAAAUAAAAGGGGGAGCGGACAGUGGGCGGGGCAGGACCCGCCAGGGCACACGGGGCGGCUCCUGGACUGUGGGACCCGAUGUCCCGGCGCCCCUCCUCCCCGGAGAGGGAGACGGAUGGUGGCGAAGCGCGUGGCCCCGGGCGCUCAUCGCUCAGCCGCCCCCGCACGGAAGGUCUGGGGGCGGUGGACAUAAAGGGGCCGAGGUAGCGCCAGGCUCGGCGGGCGGCAGGAUGAGCCAGGAGGACCCGAGCCCCGAGAGCGUGGCCGCCGCCUACCAGCGCUUCGAGCCCGCCGCCUACCUGCGCAACAACUACACGCCCCCGCGCGGCGACCUCAGCCACCCCGGCGGCGUGGGGCCCUGGAAGCUGCGAUGCCUGGCGGAGACCUUUGCCACGGGGGAGGUGACCGGCCGCACCCUCAUUGACAUCGGCUCGGGCCCCACCGUGUACCAGCUGCUCAGCGCCUGCGCCCACUUUGAGGACAUCACCAUGACCGACUUCCUGGAGGCCAACCGCCGCGAGUUGGCGCGUUGGCUGCGCCAGGAGCCGGGUGCCUUCGACUGGAGCGCGUACAGCCGGCACGCGUGCCUGCUGGAGGGCCGCGGCGAGUCCUGGCGGGAGAAGGAGCGCCAGCUGCGGGACCGCGUGAAGCGCGUGCUGCCGGUCGACGUGCACCAGCCCCAGCCCCUGGGCGCCGCCAGCCUGGCGCCGCUGCCCGCCGAUGCCCUGCUCUCCGCCUUCUGCCUGGAGGCCGUGAGCCCCGACCUCGCCAGCUUCCGCCGGGCCCUGGGCCACAUCACCACGCUGCUGAGGCCCGGGGGGCACCUGCUCCUCAUCGGGGCCCUGGAGGAGUCGUGGUACCAGGCUGGGGGCGUCAGGCUGGGGGUGGUGCCCGUGAGCGCAGGGGCGGUGCGCGAGGCUCUGGUGCGGGGCGGCUACGAGGUCCGGGACCUCCGCACCUUCGCCAUGCCCGCGCCGCUGCAGACCGGCGUGGACGACGCCAAGGGCGUCUUCUUCGCCUGGGCCCAGAAGCGGGCAGGAGUGUGAGGGCCCAGGGACCCCAGACGCCCUGUCCCCCAGGUGGCACCUAAUAAAGUAACCGUUCCUGCUCUGAG